AUGCAGUUCCAGCAGCAGUACGCUGCUCACCAGGCCGGGUACCACCAGAGGAUGGAUGUUUACGAUGAGAGAUUGGACCAGAUCCAGACCCAGCAGGGACCCGUUUGGAGGACUCCCUGGGAGGACUCUCCACUUCCACCUCCCCCAGCUGAUGGUGAUGAUGGUGCUGAUGGUGAUGACGCCUUCAUGGAUGACAUCGACCUGGAUAAUCUUGGCGACGAAACGGUACAUCUUCCCGUUUGUUUCUCGCUGACUGGUCCACUUCCAGUCCCCCAGCAGUUUCAAUCCGGUAACAUCGUUCCCCUUAUCUCUCCCUCUGCUCCAUUGAGGGCAAUGUCGUGCUUAAGUGUGGGGGGGUGCUUUGUAUCGGUGGAAUAUAUAUUUGGGUGCUUGGAGCCUAGUCCGCUGUCCGAAUAUUACGAUUUGAGGGCUCCAAGACAACCUAUGAUGAGGACUGAGACGUGCAGUAGAAUUGUGGUAUCAGAAUGUGAGAUAGAGUAUAUAGCAUUUAGAGGCUGCCAUCAUGGUGAAGAGAUGUUAGGGAUUGAGAGAAAUAACAUGCGCAUUUUUCGCCUCAAAUUGUCCUGA